AUGACCUCCAAAUUACCCCAACUCUUCUCCCCGUUAACGCUUGGCGGCAAGAACCCCGUGCAAUUGCACCAUCGAGUAGUCAUGGCCCCGCUUACGAGACUUCGUACAGGCGAGGACGGGGUCCCCAAAAACCUCGUGUCCGAGUACUACGCACAACGCAGCACUGCCGGAGGUCUGAUCAUUGCUGAAGCGACCAACAUCAGUCCCACAGCACGUGGCUACUUCGGUGCUCCUGGUAUAUUUUCUGCUCCACAGAUCGAAGGCUGGAAGAAGGUGACACGUGCAGUGCACGACAAAGGCGGUAAGAUCUUCGUGCAGCUCUGGCAUACUGGUCGUGUGGGGCACCCGUUGAACCUGCCAAAUGAAGUUUUGCCCGUGUCGUCGUCUGCAAUCGGAUUGGAUGAUGUCAACAGCUUUGCAGUUACCCGAGAGGGUAGACGCAAGUACGGCACGCCACGUGCUCUCGAGACUCAUAAAAUUCCUGGGAUUGUUGCGGAUUACAAACGCGCUGCCGAAAACGCCAUCAUUGCAGGGUUCUAUGGCGUCGAGAUACAUGGAGCCAACGGGUAUCUUCUUGAGCAGUUCUUGUGUGAUGGCGUGAACAAGCGUACCGAUAAUCAAGUGGGCAUCCGCUUGUCUCCAUUCGGAAUUACAUUCGGCUGCACCGACUCAAACCCGGCACCAACUUAUGGCUAUGUCCUUAAGAAGCUGAACUCAUUGGACUUGGCGUACGUUCAUAUUGUCGAGCCUCGUGGCUUUCACAGUACGAACUCUAAGGUGCCUACAGACUACACAACGUCGUUCUGCCAUGCACUGUACCAUGGUGUGCUCAUGACGUCGUCCGGUUUCAAACGUGAGGAAGACAUCAAAGUCAUUAAAAAUGGCGGUGCCGACUGCGUAGCAUAUGGCCGGUUGUUUAUUUCUAACCCGGACUUGGUGCAACGCCUAAAGAUUAACGCACCCUUGAAUCCGUGGAAUCGUGACACAUUCUAUAUAACGAAUGGUCCGUUAUCAUUGGGAUACACCGACUGCCCGACGCUCGAGAUCGAGCAUUUUGAUGUAACUGGAAACAAUUAA